AUGUCAAUGAGUGUAAAAUCUUUUCAAAGAGCGUCAAAAACCUUAUAUAAGCCUAUAUUGCAUUCUUCUCAGGACACUUCCUUCCCUAUUUACGAACACAUUGAUGAAUUUUCGAUCAUCUACGUUACAAUUAGCAACAUCGUUGAAAGGAUUUGUGAUCUAUGUGUUAUUCUGGUGCAGGUCGGUGAAGAAUUAGACUCUUCAAAAGGAGUAUGGACGGAGGGUAAGAGUUUGCAUAACGACAAAUGCUGUACGACACUACAGUUGUGA